UCUGUGACAACAUGACGUUUGAUAUAAACUUAUUGGAACCAAAAGAAGUUUCUAUAAACUUGAAAUUAUUUAAGCUAUAUGGUUUUUUUCAUUUAUUUGACCCAAAAAGCAAAAAAAUUGGCAAUUUCAAUAUUUAUCAUCUAGUUUGGUAUUUCAUAAAUUGCGUUGUUGGUUGUUUAGUAAUUUAUGGAUUGAUAGGUUAUUUUAUUGAGAUGGAGGAUGUAAUCGAUAUCGUUUAUCACGUGCAAUUAAUGUUCUUUUACUUAACUUAUUCUCUGUGCUUACUUAAAAUAAUUACAUUUUUAUACAAAGCAAAUAACAUUUGGGAUUUGCUCCGUGUUACUGAUAUAAAUUUUCUGACGAGCACACAGAGUCAAACACAUAUAGGAAUUCUCCAUAAACAUCGCAAAAAAUCAAUAAAAAUUACAAAUACCAUUUGUGGGGUUGGAUUUAUGAAUUUUUUCGAAUGGACCUUGUAUCCUUUAGUUCUGCAGUUAAUACAAACGGAAGACGCACACCAAUCAAAUCUACGCUCUGAGAAUAUUCUUAAUUUUCGGUUCCCGGUGACCAUAAAUUACUAUAAUAAUAACUAUAUUAUAUUUUAUUUAGUGGAGUCAUCUAUUGUAAUGUUUCUAUUAUACAUAAAUGUAGUGAUUGAUAUCUUCUUUAUUUCUAUCUGCUUUAUUGUAAUUGCUCAAUACGAGAUGAUCAAAAGAGCUUACGAAAGUGUCAACAAUAAACUGAAUUCCGAAAAUAAUAAUGAAAACAAAAAUGAUUUUAAUAUAAAUGACUGUUGUGAUGAUUUAGAAUCAAUUAUGAAGGAUCAACAAAAACUUUUCGCGAUGUUAAAACUAUUUUAUUCUACGUAUAAGUUUAUUAUCUUAUCAAUUGUUGUAAUAAAUUCGGGGUCCAUGGUAAUUUUAACAUAUGCAUCAGUUGUGAUAUUUACGUCAUCACAAUCUAUGUCGAUUCUUGGUGUAAUCAAGUUGAUAUCAGCGUUUGGAUACAUGUUAAUUGUUUUAUUUUUCGUUUGCUAUUUAUUAGAACGCAUUAAUAAUAAAAUGGAAUCCGUUCAUUUUGGGAUGUAUAGUUGUAAUUGGACUUCGAUGAAUUUAAGAUCGAAAAAAAUGUUGUUGUUAUCAAUGCAGUUGAAUAAUGCUAACGAAUUUAUGAUUAAACUAACACCGAGAAAAAUUGUCAAUUUACAAUUAUUUAAUAGCGUAAUUGUCACAUGCUAUAACGUUCUAUCUGCUAUGUUGAAUACACGAACUAAAUAA